AUGUCUAUAGCUUCCAUGCUAAUACCAUCAACUGUAAAGGCUGAGCUUUCACCGGAAUACCCCGAAUCUGACUGCCAGCAACAGGCAUCCCAACAAUCAUCCCAAGAAGGACAAUCUCAGCAACAUAACCAGGACCUAGAUAUAGCAACUGAUUGUUCAGAUUUUCGCCCAAAGUCACCAAGAAAAUCUGUGUCAGAAGGUUUCUCUACUUCACCUGUCAACAUCUCAAGCUCUGGCCUACCAAGCGCUUUCAAAUCUCCACAAUCUAUACAGUCUUCUGUUAGUCCUAGUAACAAUACAGCCGAUGACCUUUCUUGUCGAGGCUACUAUGGUUCGCCAGAUACUCCUGAAGUUGACGAUCUGGAAAUCGACACCACAAAAAGCAAGGUUACGCUAUGGCAAUUCCUUCUUCAACUCCUUAUGGAUCCGAGGUAUUCAGAAAUUAUCCGAUGGACAAAUAAUGCUGGAGAGUUUGUUCUGCUUAAAGCCGAGGAAGUGGCUCGACUAUGGGGUCUCCGGAAGGACAAUAACCAUCGAAUGAACUAUGACAAGCUUUCCCGAGCCCUGCGCUAUUACUAUCAAAAGGAUAUUAUUAGAAAGGUCCAGGGUCACAAGUUCGUCUACCAGUUUAUCGGCUUGCAAGGCUUGUGUAAUCCAACUCGUCAAAUGAGCGUAGAAAAUUCACUCACGGAUUCAGACCACGCUAAACACCAAAGACGCCAGUCGGCUACAAAUAAACCCGCUCUAGGUAUGGAACCAGAGAGCGCUUUUAGUGGUUAUUCAGCCUUUCGAAAACAAACUGAGUCAUUCAUGGCUUUGCAACAACAGCAUUCUAUAAAUCAUAAUGUCUCUCGGUCGAGUCGAAGUGCUUUUGAACGAACAUUCCCUGCAAAUCUUAACCAGUCAUUCGAUUAUAGCGUAUCAAGUGCCCCAUCAAACAUCUCCUCUUCCUUCCAUCCUGCAUUAUCCAGUCCUGCUUGCGAUUUUUCAAAACUCUAUUCUCAUCUCCCCAAGAACCAUGAUCCCCUGCAUUUAUCCCGUCACACCGAUGAGAAUAUGUCUGAAGCAAUGGACUUGCACUCCUGUAAGGGGUCACCUCUUGAUUUUCUACCUCAUAGUCGACAGGCGAGGCGUUCCUGUUCACCAGAUUGCAAUUGCAGUUGUCAUAAUUCUGUACUAUCACACAAAAUCGGCGAGAAUCGGGCGGUAAAUUUCAGCAGCUGGGGAAAUCAAGGUUUCCGGAGACCCCAAUCAAUGGACUGUUGGCCUCCGAGUGGCACUCUUGAAAAUCACUCGAUAGCUCAGCUUGGAGCUUUCGAUCAGAGGUCCGCCUUACAUCUACAACGACACAUGAUCAAUAUGAAUAGAUUUACCGAAGAGAUUAAACGAUUCUCAACAUGGGGUGCAAAUGAAGAGAGAAAAGUUCAGCAUCCCCCUACUCCUCAUUCUGACCUAUCAACUUCUAAUAAUACUCCAGGUGAUACAAUCUUCCGACCAUUUGAUGUUCCAAAAUCCGGUUUUGAAGCUAUGGAAACUGACACAAAUAUUUCAAGGGAAUCAUCCCAGUGUCCAUCUUCGAGUAGUGAAAGCCAAAACUCAGCAAGUGGAACUUCAGGAAAUGGAAACUACGUAUGGAUGCCAAUUCAAGUAGAUCUUAUUGAGCACUUUAUGUCCAUGAUUUCACAAACUAUUCAAGAUACUAAACCUUUGAAGGAACCUCCAGCUGCCCAUUCUUCGAACUCCUAA